AUAAAUCCCUCAUAUAUUAUUUUUUUCUGUCAACACCAACAAAUUUUCUUCUGAAUUUAGGCAUGGCAACACUUGAUGAAGAACCUAUGGUUAUCAUUGUUGGUGCAGGCCCUGCUGGCCUUGCCACAUCUGCAUGCCUAAAUAAAUUGUCUAUACCAAAUCUCAUUCUUGAAAAAGAAGAUUGUUACUCUCCUAUGUGGAAAAAAUAUUCUUAUGAUAGAGUUCAUCUUCAUUUGGCCAAACAAUUUUGUCAACUUCCUUGCAUUCCUUUUCCUCCUUCUUCUCCUACUUAUAUACCCAAAAAACAAUUCAUUCAAUACUUGGAUGACUAUGUUUCUUAUUUUAAUAUCACCCCUUUGUACAGCAGAAAAGUUGAAUUUGCAAAAUUUGAUGAAUCCACAAAAAAAUGGAAUGUUAAGGUUAGAAAUGGUAAUUCUGGUGAAAUGGAGGAGUAUUUUUGUAAAUUUCUUGUUGUGGCUACUGGAGAAGCUAGUUACCCUUUAAUCCCUGAUGUCCCUGGAUUGGGAAAUUUCAAUGGAGAGGCUCUUCACUCUACUCAAUACAAAAAUGGUGACAAGUUUAAGGGUAAAAGUGUCCUGGUUGUUGGUUGUGGUAAUUCAGGCAUGGAAAUUGCACUUGAUCUUGCUAAUCAUGGAGCUAACACUUCCAUCAUCGUUCGAAGCCCGAUGCACUUGAUAUCAAGAGAAAUGGGAUAUUUGGGGCUGAUGUUGUUGAAGUAUAAGGUUGGAUACACAGUGGUGGACACCAUAAUGGUAAUGUUAAGCAAGUUAAUGUAUGGAGAUAUAAGCAAGUAUUAUGGGGUAAAAAGGCCAGAAGAGGGACCCUUUGCUUCUAAAAUAAAGUAUGGCAAGUAUCCAGUCUUUGACGUGGGAACUCAUCGAAAGAUCAAGUCCGGUGAAAUCCAGGUGUUACCUGCAAUGAAAAGCGUAAGAGGAAAUGAUGUUGUGCUGGAAAAUGGUAAAUCUCAUCAAUUUGAUGUUAUUGUCUUUGCUACUGGCUUCAAGAGAACUACUCACAACUGGCUUCAGGGAGAUGAUUAUCUUCUGAAUGAAAAUGGACUACCAAAGCCAGAAUUUCCACAACAUUGGAAGGGGAAGAAUGGACUCUACUGUGUGGGGCUAUCAAGAAGAGGACUUUAUGGGAUUGCAUUUGAUGCUCAAAACAUAGCCACACAUAUCAACUCUUUUCUCUGAAUAAUCAUUCGUUGCUUUUGUUGAGUGAAAGUUUUUAGAGCCUUAGACAUGAAGGAAUGUGAAUGUUGGUUUGUUAAAUUAAUUAUGAGAUGUAGUUCUAUGUAAUGUGAGGAGGAGAAUUUAAGAUUAGUAGUAAGCUUAGUAUUGAAUUUCGAGUAUAGACUCUUGAAUGUUUAAUCUUCAAUUGAAAAUUAGUCAAUGUAGUAUUUAGUGUUGAAUCUUUA